UGUCACCGCCCACAUCAGUCAUAUGACCGCGGUGUUUAGGGUUUCUGUGAGGAGGAAGUGAUUGCUGUUUAUUGCGCUUCAGUUAUUGCGCAAAGUUUGGCUCUGAUGCUAUAGUAUCAUAGCUUUCUUCGUCAAAGAACGGCCGAGAGAAUACUGAACAGCAUGGUCACAAGGGCUGGUUUGAUGGGAGUACGAAGCUGGAUCGCAUUACUUUUUUCAGUUCUAUCGCCAAGUCGAUGCACCUCUUUUGGCCAGAUUGACCCCCUGGUCUAUGAUGAGCAGUUGCUGUGGGUGAGGGGCGGGGCAGGAGAGGUGGACACUUACCGGAUCCCACUGCUCUCCUUCACCCCCAAGGGCAGUCUGCUGGCCUUCGCUGAGGCCCGGAAGAAGUCCGCCUGUGACGUGGGGGCCAAGUUCCUUGCCAUGCGACGGUCCACAGACCGAGGUGCCACGUGGUCUCCCACCACCUUCAUAGUAAACGAUGGCGUCCUGGCUGACGGACUGAACCUCGGUUCAGUGGUGGUGGAUGAGGAGACUGGCUCUGUGCUACUGAUCUACUCUCUGUGCUUCCACCAGUACCAGUGUGACCCCGCCAGUAUAAUGCUGGUGGAGAGCAUGGACGACGGACUCAGCUGGAGGCCACCAAGGAACCUCUCGGUCCAGCUGGGGGUCAAGAACUUCGUCCCUGGGCCCGGCUUCGGCAUUCAGAAGCACUACCCUCCUGCUAAGGGGCGUCUGGUGGUGUGUGGACAUGGCACCCUGGAGGGUGACGGGGUCUUCUGCAUUCUGAGUGACGAUCACGGACGAAACUGGAGGAAUGGCGCCGCGCUGAAGAGCAUCCCCUACAACCAGCCCAAACAAGCCCUGGACUUCAACCCAGAUGAGUGCCAGCCUGUAGAGAUGGAGGACGGUAGCAUCGUCAUCAACGUGCGCAACCAGAACAACUACCACUGCCGAUGCCGCAUGGUGGUGCGCAGCCUGGACGGGGGUGAGACGCUACCCUUGGAGCAGCUGUUGUUUGACUCCACCCUGAUAGACCCUGUGGUAGCGGCAGGGGCGCUGCAGAAGGAAGGCGUGAUGUACUUCACCAACCCAGCUGACAAUACUCACAGGGUCAACCUAACCCUGCGCUGGUCUCUGACCAAUGGCACGUCGUGGGAGAAGAAGGCCGUCCAGAUCUGGGCGGGGCCAAGCGGCUACUCCUGUAUGACAUCACUUACGAGCGGCGGCGCAGAGGACAGGAAGUUUAUCUUCGUCAUCUACGAGAAAGGCCACAAGGACUACUAUGAGACCAUCUCCUUUGCCAAGAUCCACCUCUACGGUGGACUGUAGUAGAAUAAGGCUGGGGGGGUGGGUACUUGGUAGAGUCUGCUUCUAACCACUAGUCCAUGGUCAGGGUCCGUAUUCUCAAAGCCUCUCGGAAUGCUGAACUAGGAUACAUUUGGGCUUUUAGAUCAUAAUGAAUUAGAUGACAUGGACGGGGGACCUGAUCCUAGAUCAGCACUCCUACUCAGAUGCUUUUUUAAUUUUUAUUUAAUCCCAAAUUUUUAUCCGCUUAAUAAUAGUUAUGGUUAGGAUGGGGAUUGGUGAAUUUCAUCUGUGGUUAGGGUAUUUCAUCUGUGGUUAGGGGGAGGAAGGGGGACUCAUUCGACUUUGCAACACAACUUUAUUUUGGUAGGUGAAGGGAGACAUGGAGAAAUACAAACUACUGCUGUUGUAUGGCACCAAGAAUGACAGGUUUGUGCCAUUUUAUCUUUAGGUGGCUUUUAAAUACAUCAUGAUUUUAUUAAUUAGGGCAAAACGUAGCAAAACUCUUUUGCAACGGAAAAUGGACAUUUGCUUUUCUUAUUGGACAAGUUCAGGUAGUUCCUCCCUGUUUUAGUCUGUUUUCCUCAAUUUGGUGCCUAAUGUACAUUUAUUAGAAUGGCCCAAUCACAGGUACCCCGUCCUUUAAUGAAGCUAUGAUAGUCUGUAAUGAUUGGUGGUAUGUUGGUGUACUCUUCCUGACUGGGCCUCCCAUAGCUGAGAGAGGAAGAAAUCCCUCACUCACAUCUUUUAUUUUGUGAUGUGGAGAAGGAAAAAGGUUUGGGCAAAAUAAAAUACAAAAUCAAGUGGACUUAAAGACCUUGCGUCUCCAAGCCAUACAAAUAUUUGGACAGACUUACUAAGCGUUUGCAAUUGUGCUAUUUCCAUAGGGCAAUUUUUUUUAACAAAGAGUAAAAAUAUAGCUUUAGAGGAGGACAUUUUAACGCCUAGUAAAUCUAGCUCUCAUGCAUAACAGAAUGGUUUCACUUUCAGAAUGGAUCUUGCCAACUUUUGGCAUGAGAGAAGACCGUAUGGUGAGACAAUAGUUUGAG